UCUAUCCCCGACUGCCCUGGUCUCUAUCGCCCUUUGUCCUCCAGCCUCCCCAGGGCUCUGGGCCUGCGGGCCUGGUUGCUAGGCGGAAGCGGGGCGCGGUGGCGUCCGCUGCGGCUGCCCGGGCGUUUGAAAAGCGGCUUAGCAGGCGGCAAAAGGUGCCGGGGCUGUGGGCUUGUGGGGCGCGGUCGCCGAGCCGGGGUAGGGUUAGGGCCUGGUCGGCGGCCCGGGGGAGCGGGGCCGGGCGCUGCGGAGGCUCCCUGGCCUGCGGGGUCCGGCUGCACGCCUCACGGGGGUUCCCUUCCCUGCAGACCCCGCCGCCGCGACCAUGGUCUCCAAAUCCGACCAGCUGCUCAUCGUUGUAUCCAUCCUAGAAGGCCGCCAUUUCCCCAAACGUCCAAAGCAUAUGCUGGUGGUAGAAGCAAAGUUUGAUGGAGAGCAGCUGGCUACCGAUCCUGUCGACCACACUGACCAGCCCGAAUUUGCUACCGAGUUAGCCUGGGAAAUCGACAGGAAAGUUCUUCAUCAGCACAGGUUACAGCGCACUCCUAUCAAACUGCAGUGCUUUGCCUUGGACCCUCUGUCUUCUGCCAAGGAAACCAUAGGCUACAUUGUUUUGGACUUAAGAACCGCUCAAGAAACAAAGCAGGCACCUAAGUGGUACCAGUUGCUGAGUAACAAAUACACCAAGUUCAAGUCUGAGAUACAGAUAAGUAUCACUUUGGAAACAGAUACAAAGGCACAGGUGGAUAGUUUUAAAGCAAAAGGAGCCCCUCCUCGGGAUGGAAAAGUUCCUGCUGGCCUGUCUGGAGUCGACCCAAAGGACAUUGUUGCUGUGUUGAAUGAGGAGGGAGGCUACCAUCAGAUCGGACCAGCAGAGUAUUGUACUGACCCCUUUAUUCUGUCAGUGACCAUAGCAUUUGCCACCCAGCUGGAGCAGUUAAUUCCAUGUACCAUGAAGCUUCCAGAAAGGCAACCUGAGUUUUUCUUUUACUAUUCUUUACUGGGAAAUGAUGUUACAAAUGAGCCGUUCAACGAUUUGAUCAACCCAAACUUUGAGCCCGAGAGAGCAUCUGUUCGCAUACGCAGCAAUGUAGAGGUUCUGCGUGUGUACCUGGCUCUCCAUUCGAAACUGCAGAUUCAUCUCUGCUGUGGAGAUCAGUCACUUGGAAGCACAGAAAUACCUUUAAAUGGCUUACUGAAGAAGGGCAGUACAGAAAUCAACCAGCAUCCAGUCACAGUCGAGGGUGCGUUUACCCUUGACCCUCCGAACCGAGCCAAGCAGAAGCUUGCGCCUGUUCCUCUGGAGCUGGCCCCGACUGUGGGUGUGUCCGUGGCUCUGCAGAGAGAAGGCAUCGAUUCCCAGUCUUUAAUUGAAUUAAAGACCCAGAAUGGACAUGAACCUGAGCAUUCAAAGAAGAGAGUUUUAACCCCCAUAAACGAGAAGACACUCGCUGGACCAAAAUCACCAAGUGCGUCCCCUGUGCCACCUCAGAACCAGACUCCUCCAGUCAAGGAUGACGCAACAGAAAGUGAAGUGGAGAGCCUGCAGUACGAUAAGGAUCCCAAGCAAAGCGCAAAGGGCAUUAGUUCUGUACCUGCUUCACAGGCCCAGCCAGUGGCCACCUCCAACGCGUCAGAAGUGGUGACAUCAGGACAGAAGAUUGCUGUUCCAGCAACAUCACAUCACUUUUGUUUUUCAAUAGACUUAAGAAGCAUCCAUGGCUUAGAGAUUAGUUUUCCAGUCAACUGCAUAUUGAGGUACUCCUACCCCUUCUUUGGCAGUGCGGCUCCUAUUAUGACUAACCCUCCUGUAGAAGUUCGGAAAAACAUGGAAGUUUUCCUUCCCCAGUCUUACUGUGCAUUUGAUUUUGCAACUAUGCCUCACCAGCUGCAGGACACCUUCCUACGGAUCCCACUGCUGGUGGAAUUGUGGCACAAGGAUAAAAUGAGUAAAGACUUACUCCUUGGGAUUGCAAGAAUCCAGCUUUCUAACAUCUUGUCUGCAGAAAAGACCCGGUUUUUGGGCGCUAAUGGUGAACAGUGCUGGCGGCAGACUUACAGUGAGAGCGUGCCUGUUAUCGCGGCCCAGGGGUCAAACAACAGGAUAGUAGAUCUUUCUUACACGAUGACCCUGGAAGACUAUGGACUAGUGAAAAUGCGUGAGAUCUUUGUGUCCGAUUCAUCUCAGGGUCUGUCUGCUGUGCAGCAGAAGCCAUCUUCUCCCCUCCCAGCUCCCUGUCCUUCUGAGGUCCAGAUGGAGCCUCGCGAGACCUUAGAGUACAAGGCUGCACUUGAGCUAGAGAUGUGGAAAGAGAUGCAGGAAGACAUAUUUGAAACUCAGCUAAAACAGAAAGAAUUGGCUCACAUGCAAGCUCUUGCAGAAGAAUGGAAAAAAAGAGACCGGGAAAGAGAGUCACUAGUGAAGAAAAAGGUAGCUGAGUACAGUAUCCUAGAAGGCAAACUUCAAAAAGCCCUAACUGAGCUAGAGAACCGAGAGCAGCAGCUUGCCAGUGCGGAAGUGGAGCUUCAAAGAGAGAGAAAAGAGCUGCAGUCAGAACGGGAGCGGAACCUUCAAGAACUUCAGGACUCUGUCCGCAGGGCCAGAGACGACUGUGUUCACCAGGUGGAGCUGGAGAGGCUGAAGCUGAAGCAGCUGGAAGAUGACAAGCACCGGCUUCAGCAGCAGCUUAGUGAUGCUGAAAAUAAGUACAAGAUUUUGGAAAAAGAGUUCCACCAGUUCAAGGAUCAACAAAGCAACAAACCAGAAAUACGGCUGCAGUCAGAAAUAAAUCUCCUCACCUUGGAAAAGGUUGAACUUGAAAGAAAGUUGGAAUCUGCAACCAAGUCUAAACUGCAUUACAAGCAGCAGUGGGGACGAGCUUUGAAAGAACUUGCCAGACUCAAGCAGAGGGAGCAAGAAAGUCAAAUGGCUCGCCUUAAAAAGCAGCAAGAGGAGUUGGAGCAGAUGCGGCUGCGUUACCUGGCUGCCGAGGAGAAAGAGACGGUGAAAACUGAGCAACAGGAGCUGCUGGACAUACGGAAUGAACUGAACAGGUUAAGGCAGCAAGAGCAGAAGCAGUACCAGGAUUGCAGAGAGAUCGCAGGUGGGAAGCUGGGCAGCCCGCGGGGCUCCGCGCCAGACGAUGGCCUGGAUGACUAUCUGACUCGGCUGAUAGAAGAAAGGGACACUCUGAUGAGAACCGGUGUAUAUAACCACGAAGACCGGAUAAUUAGUGAACUGGACCGGCAGAUCAGAGAGGUUUUGGCAAAAAGCAUUGCCAGUAAUUCAUAACAUUUGGGAAAUCUUUGCAGGUACUCUAGGUCUGAAUUUUAAUUUUUUGUGAAAUCCUCAAAAGCAAGGAAAAUGACUAUUUUGGAAUGUUCUUUUUAAUUUUUAUAAGCUGAAUUUUAUAUGUUACUGUAUAUAGUAUUUAUUUGAUCUUACUUACGCUACCUCUCCUAUGCUGACUUCAUUUGUAAUUGUAUUUUACAUGCUCACUUAAAAUGACUUUUCAGUGUUCUUCAGUUUAAAAUCUGUCGUCUGGCUAUACAAACAGCUUUUCACAACUUGUUCUGGGAGAACUGACUGCAGUAAUUUCCAGCUAUAUAAUUUUUCAUACUGAGCCAAAUGAGUAUGUGUUGCACUUUAAAAAUACUGUGCCCUGCUCCCUUCAAUUGUAGAUAUCUUUAAGUUGAAGCCAAUUAUAAAUGUAGCCAUUUUUUAAAAUCAUUUUAUAUGACCAGUCUUUUCCCCUUAUUUGCAGUCUCAGGCAGAGAAGCUGUAUGGCAUAUUGGGUGACAAAUUAGUCAUUUGUUUAAAUGCAGUUCAUGCAGAUUAAAUUUAAGAACAAUUGAAUACCAGAUUUCAUGGUACUCUAAGAAUAUAGUAAUAGCUGAUCCGACCUUCCCUUACGGGCUCCUGCUCACGACUGUGAGGUUGUCGUUAGCAAAGUUAUAGGUUGCCUCUGUUCCUCACUGCGCUGUCGCAGCUUCAGAAAUAGAAUGUGGGGACAGACACCUAAAGGCAUUAGCUGAAAAGACAAGUGAAGCUGAGCUUAUUUUUUAUUCUUUCUACAGUCAUUUUUCAAAGGCGCCUGAGAGUAAGUUUAUACAGAGCCAUGUCCUGUAAGCCUCCAGAGUCCCUUUGUAUCGUCUUCUCCAGAGCCACCUCUAGCCUCAUGGCGGCACUUAACCACUAUCUCCACCUGACACUGAGCAGGGCAAUCAGCAAACUCCCAGUUCAGGUCAGAUCUUAAAAUAUAUAAAGUUCAAAAAUUCUGAUUCCCAAAUAUAACAGAUUUAAGCGUAUACUUUAGGAAGGAUGUACUAAUUACCAGUAACUUCAACAAAAGCAAAGUAGGUUACAUGGUAAUGUUCUUUAAGUAUAUUUCUCGUUUGUGAAAUUGAAUCCCCUAUAGGCAUCAUAUGCUUCUUUUUUUUAAUGAAGUCUUAGUCUUCUGAAAGCAACCCAGGAGUAAAUAACAGAAGGGUAACUGGAAGCGAGGGUGAUGAGACAGAUAAUCAUAGCACGGAUUUGAAAUAUGAAUUAUGGUUACAUGUUCCUGAUUUUUCCUGACACACGGAUGGAGCAAAAGUAUUUUUGUUUUGGAAGAUCCUGGCCCAACGCUGGCUCCUCCACCAGGAUCUUAAGAAGCCUGGAGCUUUCCAAACACUAGAGGGUGCCUUAGAGUUAACAGAAAGGACUUGGCUAAAGUGUGUGUGCUGUGCCUUCUAGAAAGCCAUCUCUGAGCCACCGUAAUCUGACAAAUAAAAUCCUAACUGU